UUGAAUCUCCCAACAGACUUCCAGGCGGUGUCCGGCGGGAUCCAAGUUUGGAGCGUUAUGUCCGCGCUGGUAACCUAGAAGCUGCCUGGGCCUCCACCACAACGGUCCCUCCCAUUUCCCUAGAAAUUACGUAUCAGUUGAGGAUUUCCAGAAUUGUGGCAUAUUAGGAUUUAUAUUUCCGUGGUUUCUGAAUCAAUGAAAAGACAAUGGGAAGAAAAAUUGAGGAAGAUUGGAGAACGAGCAUCCCAGUAUGAGAAAAGACCGCUGGGCUCAGUCUAUAGGCCCCGGCUGUCUGAGCCAGGGGACCCCUCCUCUGUAUGGAGGCUGUUUCAUCGUCAAGCUCAAGCUUUUAACUUUGUCAGAACCUGUAAAGAGGAUGUACAUGUAUUUGCUUUGGAACAUAAAGCGGGAGAUGGACAACGUAUAUACCUUGUAACAACUUAUUCUCAACUCUGGUUUUACUAUAAGUCCCGGAAAAAUCUCAUGCACUGCUAUGAAGUUAUUCCUGAAAAUGCUGUUUGCAAGCUUUAUUUUGAUUUGGAGUUUAGUAAACCUGCCAAUCCAGGAGCAGAUGGAAAAGAAAUGGUUGCACUACUAAUUGAGCAUGUUUGUACAGCCCUUCAAGAGUUAUUCAAUGUUAAUUGUUCAGCAGAAGAUGUUCUCAACUUGGAUUCUAGCACUGAUGAAAAAUUUAGCCGACAUUUAAUAUUUCAGCUCCAUAAUGUUGCAUUUAAAAAUAAUAUCCAUGUUGGUAAUUUUGUUAGAAAAAUUUUGCAACCUGUGAUUGCAUUAGAGGAUGGUAAAAUUAAUAACAAGAUACCAGAAGUACCAGGACACAUAAUUUCCUUGUCUACGAAAACAAUAGUGAAACCAGAAACCUCUUUUACAAACUUAUCUGAAGAUAAAAAUACUGCGAAAAGCCAGCCUUUUAAUUCAUGUAAGGUAGAAGAUUUGGGGACAUCAGAGCAGAAUGCACCAGAUCUUUCCUUUUUAAUUGUGAAGAAUAAAGGCGGAGAUAAUCACCUUUUUGUAGAUGUGGGAGUUUAUACAAGAAAUAGAAACUUCCGGCUGUACAAAUCAUCAAAACUGGGCAAAUGUGUGUCUUUGGAAGUAGCUGAAGAUAACAAAUUUUUUCCAAAACAAUCAAAGACUAUUUCUGAAGAAAACCAGUAUUUCCUUUCUUCUUUGGUUACCAACAUCAGAUUUUCAGACACUUUACGAAUCCUUACCUGUGAUGUACCUCUAAGUAAACAAAAAAGGACCAAAUAUUUUAACAGUGCCAAUACUACAGUGGGUGUCAUUGAAGGCUUCCAGUGCUCACCAUAUCCUGAAAUUGAUAACUUUGUUCUUUCUUUGGUGAAUAAGAAUGGCAUUAAGGGAGGAAUUCGGUGUUGGAACUACUUUUUCCCAGAAGAAUUACUUGUUUAUGAUAUUUCUAAGUAUCGCUGGUGUGGAAAUAUUAAAAGAGCCCACAAGAGUAAUAAUAUAAUGAUUCUGGUGGAUCUGAAAAAUGAGGUCUGGUAUCAAAAAUGUCAUGACCCUGUCUGCAGAGCAGAAAACUUCAAAUCAGAUUGUUUCCCAUUACCAACUGAAGUGUGCCUCUUAUAUCUGUUCAAAGAGGGUUCAUACUGCAGCUCAUCUGGCUGGAUUUUCUCAGUGCCCACCCUCUGUUCCUGCUGUCUCCAGAGACAGGAUGAUGAAGACCCCAUUUUGAAUGGAACCGAAACUAGGAACAUUGGAACUAACCCAAAGUCCUCAAAUUCACAAGAAUUCUCUUCUGGUAUAUUGACGAGAGAGGUGCCUGCAGACGCAGACUGGGACAAUGGGAUUGACGACGCCUGUUUUUUGGAAGCUGCGGAAGCUGCAGAGAAGAGUCUGGCCAGUGAUGGCCCCAAUGAGGAUGAGAUUCCUGAUGCACUUCUCUUGGAAGUGCUACAAGAACAGGAAACGACUAGGAGUAUAACGUGACUUCAAAGAGCGGCUAAAGGUAAAACUUGGGAAUUCACUGGAGGAGAAUCAGGUAGACUGGGGCUCAAGUCCCAACAUCUGUAUGCCAUACGGGCUGUGUGACUGACCCUGGGCAACCCCCAGAAGCUCCUUGGUACUAGAACAGGCAACUUUCUAGGGCCAGCAGUUGCAGAGGAGAUGCUGACCUCAUCUGAGAAUUAUCUGGCCUCUUGAAAUCACAGGUCUAGUUCAGAGCUUUAUAAAUUGAU